AUGUCUGACGAAGUUUUCAGCACAACUUUGGCAUACACCAAGAGUCCAAAAGUUACCAAAAGAACUACUUUCCAGGAUGAGCUAAUAAGAGCGAUUACAGCUCGCUCGGCCAGACAGAGGAGUUCUGAAUACUCAGAUGACUUUGAGAGCGAUGAGAUUGUUUCAUUGGGUGAUUUUUCUGAUACCUCCAUAGAUGAAAAUUCUAUUAAGAAAAAAAUGAAUGAUUUUCAUGUAUCAGAUGAUGAAGAAAAUAAUUCUCCAAAACUAUCUUUUUUGAAAACCAAGAAAUCAAACAGUGACAUAACCAAAGAUGGGCCAGAAUUUUCUGUCAAAAACAACGAAGAUGUGGCACCUGAUGGUUAUGAAGACAUGGUGGUAAAUUCCUCAUCAGAAUCUCAGGAUAAAGAUCAAGAAGUUGAAAAAGAGAGAAUUAAACUAAAACCUAAACCCAGAAUUUUUUCGCUCAAAAGCACAUCUUCAGCAGAAAAUAGCAGCAGCCUUGAAACAGAUGACCAUUUUAAGCCUUUACCUCUGCCAAGGAGCUUGUUAAGAAAGAGUAGGCACGUGGAGGAGAAAGAAAGACUAGGAGAAGAUAAAGAAACUGCUCUCAGUGAAGACUUCAAUUCUGCACCUUCCCUUCCAAGUCUGGAUGGCAGACAAUUAGAAGCUGAGGAAAAAACAUUCUCUGAAAACCUUGAUCUUGAGGAUCCAUUGUUAUCAAGUUUAUCAUCAUCAGCUCUUAAAGAAAGUCUUGGAAAUUCUUUUUCACUGGCACCUGAGGGAAAAGCAUCUAUAGAAGAUCAGAAUGGAGAAUUUCCUGAAAACCAUAAUUCCUUGAAAUUAAAUGAAAAUGAAGAAAAUUCAGAUAUGAUAAACUGUGUCACUGCUGAACUUGAGAAACCCCAGGAAAUUCAAGUGCCUGCUGACAGCCUUGAAGAGGAAAAGGAAAAGGCUGAACUGGUGACAGAUGGUGACUCGACAAUGGAUCCCUUGCUAUUUCAGUCUCAUACCAACGCAACAGAAUCUGCAAAGAAGGUGAUCGAAGAUAAAAAUAUGAAGAAUAAAAAGUCCACAAACAACAGAGCAUCCAGUGCAGGUGGCAGAUUAAUGACCUCUGAGUUUUUAAAGAAAUCCAGUUCUAUAAGGAGAAGUCCAUCAGCAACUACCUCUUCUCACUAUCUGGGGACUUUGAAAGUCUUGGACCAAAAGCAGAGUUUAGAACCUGACAAAGCAGAUCACAUAAGGGCAGCUGUUUAUCAGGAGUGGUUGGAAAAGAAAAAUGUAUAUCUUCAUGAAAUGCACAGAAUAAAAAGGAUUGAAAGUGAAAACUUAAGAAUCCAAAAUGAACAGAAAAAAGCUGCCAAGAGAGAAGAAGCAUUAGCAUCAUUUGAGGCCUGGAAGGCCAUGAAAGAAAAGGAGGCCAAGAAAAUAGCUGCCAAAAAGAGGCUUGAGGAGAAAAACAAGAAGAAAACUGAGGAAGAAAAUGCUGUGAGGAAAGGAGAAGCCCUACAGGCUUUUGAAAAAUGGAAAGAGAAAAAAAUGGAAUAUCUUAAAGAGAAAACUAAAAAGGAGAAAGAAUAUGAAAGAGCAAAGAAACAGAAAGAAGAGGAAACUGUUGCCGAGAAAAAGAAAGAUAAUUUAACUGCUGUUGAAAAAUGGAAUGAAAAAAAGGAAGCUUUUUUCAAGCAAAAGGAAAAAGAGAAAAUAAAUGAGAAAAGGAAGGAAGAACUGAAAAGAGCUGAGAAAAAAGAUAAAGAUAAACAAGCUAUCAAUGAAUAUGAAAAAUGGCUGGAAAAGAAAGAAAGACAGGAAAGAAUUGAACGAAAGCAAAAGAAACGCCAUUCAUUUCUUGACCACGAGGCACUUCCUCCAUGGAGCCCUCCCAGUAGAACUGUGUUCUCGAAAGUCUUUUGACAAUCCUUGUUCUUAUUUACCAACUUGCCAAUUUUAGUCAUGGGUUUAGAACAUUCAUUCAAUUACUUAUAGUUGGAAAAAUCUAUUUUAAUUAAAUGGCAGGCCUUUCUGUUAAAAUGAAAAAGAUACUUUGGACUUUAAUCAGUAAAAGCAUUUUUGAACUGUAGAUAAACUGCCUCAAAUGAAAAGCUAAUAAUCAGGUUGCUCUUACUAUGAAAAUGCAUAAAGCUUUAUAUGUCCUGAUAAUUCUGAAAGUGGAAUGCUCCUUGAUCACUUUCAUUAACCUCUGCACGCAAUUUAAAUAUGUUAAGCCCAAUAAAAACAAGGAAACCAUCUAGGUACUCUAAUCAUAGAAAUAAUUGGAUUCGUCGAUGAUCAUGCAUUUGGAUUCAGGUUUUUUAAUGAAUGUAUGGUGGGGAGUGUGCAUAUAUUAUUUCUUCUAAAACUGAUGUUUAGUUAAAAGCAGUUGCCUGUACACUGUGCAAGUUAGAAUUUUGGUCAAUUGAGGCCAUAGUUCAAUAAAACUGUAAUCGGUGAGGCAUUUUAUUUA